CGGCGCUCCUGCUGAGGGCGGGGGGAGGAAACGGGAGCCUCGGAGGGGAAGGAGAGGGGGCCGCUCGCAGCGGAACCCCAGCGGCUCACAGGCGGAUCGGCCCUCGCUGCCUUCCCCUGUAUGUGAAGCACCGGGCCAGAAGUCGCGCGGGAGAGAGUCUGCCGGCGGAACCGGGAGUCCCCGGAGCGGAGGAGGAAUCGGGGAGAGCCUUUGCUAAGCGACCCCAUCAUCGCUGUCCACGAGCGGCCCCAGCAUGGAAGCCAUCGCCAAAUACGAUUUCAAAGCCACCGCAGACGAUGAGCUCAGCUUCAAACGGGGGGAUAUCCUUAAGGUUUUGAAUGAAGAAUGCGAUCAAAAUUGGUACAAGGCAGAACUCAACGGCAAAGAUGGCUUCAUUCCCAAAAACUAUAUUGAAAUGAAACCACAUCCGUGGUUUUUUGGGAAGAUUCCCCGAGUAAAAGCAGAGGAGAUGUUGGGCAAACAGAGACAUGAUGGUGCCUUCCUCAUCCGAGAGAGUGAAAGUGCUCCUGGGGACUUCUCCCUCUCGGUCAAAUUUGGAAAUGAUGUGCAACACUUCAAGGUGCUUCGAGAUGGAGCUGGCAAGUAUUUCCUCUGGGUGGUAAAGUUCAAUUCUCUAAAUGAGUUAGUAGACUAUCACAGAUCCACCUCUGUCUCCAGGAAUCAGCAAAUAUUCCUCCGGGACAUUGAGCAGGUGCCUCAGCAACCCACGUUCGUUCAGGCUCUUUUUGAUUUCGACCCUCAGGAGGAAGGUGAGCUGGGCUUCCGCCGUGGAGACUUUAUCCAGGUCCUUGACAAUUCUGACCCCAACUGGUGGAAGGGAGGCUGCCACGGACAAACAGGCAUGUUUCCACGCAACUACGUGACCCCAGUGAACCGGAACAUCUAGAGCAGAUUAUUAAAGAUUAUUUAAAGAACAAGAGAAACAUUAAAGCACCCACUCAGAAUCUAACUGCAGCCAGUGAUCUCCAGUCGUCAGGCCAUAAAAAUCUGAGUCACCUCUCUGCAUGAGGGGGAAACACUUUUUCACUCAGUAUGGAACUUUGUGGGAGGGAGAAGGAGAAGGGUCCAGCAUACGCACCAAAACUUACUUUUUAAAUUAAACAGAUAUUAAUAGGUUUCUUCAUUGCUCACUCUUCCUUUCUCACCCAAAAACUGACACACCAGUUCAUCAGUGCAUGAAAGAAAGAGGGAGAAACUCUGCUGGUGCUUGCUGUUUCUGUAAACAGUCUUUGUGGGGGAACUGAGAAGGGAACCAAAUCCACAACCCAGCCUUUUGGUGACAAAAAAGACUCUCUCUCUGUCUCUCUCUCUCUCACACACACACAAACACACCAUUCCGCUUUUCCCUUUGAUCAUCAGUGUUUUGCCUGGAACAUAUAGGUCCUAUAUUUUUCCUCCAACCAGGAAAUGCAGCAACUCCAGACCAGAGGGAAGAUGGUGAGGGGCUUCCUCCCCGCCCCCCCGCCCCCCCAGGCUGCAAGGCUGUUCUGAAAAGGCCUAAAUUACAGCCAAAUCAUGUUCUCAUUAAUGACUGCUGGUUUCUUUUUUUCAUGUGUGUGGUUGAGCACAUUCUUGAAUUAUUUUUUUUCCAUUAGUGCCUUUUCCUUAAGUUAAAAGGACAAUCCAGAGCUUUUCAGAUCCCCCCCCUACUUUUGUGUAAAUAUUUUAGGGGUUUAGGAGGUGGUUUUAUUAUUAAAGACAAAGACCUCCGUAAACCAGAUGGAACUUUUAAAGCUUGUAUAAGCAUCUGAUACUCUUUAUUACCAGGUGAGCAAAGUCAUUAAAUGUUCUCUAAAAGGCAGGGUUAGGAUCUGUAGCCAGGAACCUUUUGAGAGAAACCAUACCCUUAUGAAAACUGAAGUAUAUUGUAUGAAGCUGAAUUAGGAUGGAGAGUGAAUAUUCUGGAAUGUCCUGUGAAUUACGUAUUUUUCCCAAAUAAUGCUGGGUAGUCUCAAGAAAAUGUGCUUAAUCACAUCUAGUGAAUGUUUAAAUGCGAUGCUCGGUGAUCAGUUGUUCAGUUCCCCUUUACAGCUGGCUGGGGCACAAUUGCAAUCAGUGAUUGUUUCUUGAAAAGAAAGUCGGUCUCUUCCUACUCCAUCAAUUCCCUACCUCCUCACAUCAGUGUUAUCAUAGUUGGAGGAGUCAGUGUUUUACUCCCAAUUCACAGCAGGCUGUGUGGAGAUUAUUUCAGGCCUGUGAAACACCCCUCCCCCAAUAAUAGCACUCACUGAUGCCCUCUAUGGCUUCAUCAGUGUUUUGAAGUAAGAUGGGAGAGAGCAAGCUGCAGAGCUCUUUGUGCCAAUAUUCACCUUCUUUCCUAUCGCUGUGCCGCACAGCUGAAACUUUCAUCCCAGUGAGAGCAAACCCCAAAGCCUCCACAGAGAUCUCCUGUUCCUCCCAAAUGGAGACAUUCCUGUGUUGGCGGGUGCCUUUUUUAUACUAAGUGUUAAAAGUGUGUUAUUCCUGAGAUGGACUCUGCCUUACACUUCAGUUUCUCCAGCAGAUGAAAGAGAGCUAUCCUGUAGUGUUAAUUUCUCCUCCUUUCCUUGCUAGCCUUUUCUCUCCCCCACUUCCUUCUUUCUAAAAUGAUUGGAAAAUGAAUCUUUGGCAUUCUACACUUGGACCAUUUGAUUGUUUUCUUAUUUUGGAAUUGGUGUAUAUCAUGCAGCCUUGCAGACAUAAUGUCUUGUGUGUAUAUAUAUAUUAAAAAAAAAUUCAGUGUUUAAAUAAAAAGGCCUAUGUAUGUAAUCCUUAACUCCGCAGCAGCAUUUGGUAGAUAGUAAUUAACUGUGAAUAAUAAAUAUACAACGAAUUCUUCACUUGAA